AUGGUGCUUGACUGCGCCAUCGAUGUCUGUCUCCCGGCAUCCUUUGUGACGCACUCCAACAGAUUUGCCGACAUUUUGACCCGCGUUGGCUACGUCACACCUCUGUCUCUGUCCAUUGUUUCUUGCCCGUUGCUAUUAUGGUCGGAGGCAAUUACUAUGAUCUUCCUCUACCGCGUCAUCCAGAAGUCGGUCUAUCUCACUAUCCCUUGCGAUAAUGACCCUGUGAUUGGUGGGCGACCCUCCGUGAUUAUUACCCUACUCCUUACUCAGGCACGCGACACGCCUCAGUUGAUUUCUACUGGAUUGUCCCAAGAACCCCCGCCGGAAGCCUUCACCAUGCAUCCGGACCAAAGAGGGACCAACCCCUAA